GCGCGAACACCUACGCUCGUCGCCGGCGAUCGUGACGACCUGGCCGCCACCGUGACUCGAGUAUCCGGCGAGAGUUCCCCCGAUGUCAAUAGCGUACGUGCGUUCCAGUGACGAGCACCGGACCCGGUAGCUCGCGAGAGACCCCCUAGGUCCAGUGUGUGUGCCUCGCAAGCGCGCGUGAUCGGUUCGUCGCGAUCAGAAUGUCGGCCGGCCGCGGUCCGAUCCAGCUCUGAACGGGAGCCUAUCCGCGAGUGACUCUCUCCCCGAUGCACGAGGUCGUGUUCACGCGCGGAACCGCCGCGGACGCCGGUAUGGUGUCUCGUUGAGGGAUAGUGAAUAAUGUCCGUGAUGUCCCGAGGCUCGCCCUGGUGCCGCGUCGCACCGGGGAUUAAGAAAUCCACGUUUCUGCUGAUCGUCGUGCUUGUUGGCUUGUUGUCACCAGGCGUCGCCGGCGAGAAGAAUAAAAAAUAUCAAAUGAGUGAUGUAUGCAAGAAGAAGUUCAUACGGGAUAUCUACAAGAAGAUCGACGGUGCCGUUCUCGUCUCGCAGAACGAAAAGGACCUCGACUGCACCAUCACUUUCCAAACCCAUAGCAUCCUUCAACGGUUCAUGCUUCGGUUCGAUCAGUUGAAACUGGACUGCAACGACCAUCUUUACAUCUACGAUGGCGCACACGCGGUCAGCAGUUAUAAGGCGGACUUUUCCUGUAAAAACACAGAACAGACCGUGGGCGCGAUUUAUACUCGCACGAACUUUGUGACACUGAAAUACGUCACCGACUCCUGGGGCACUAAAGGGAAUGGCUUCCGUCUCGUUAUCACCGCCGUCAAGGAUCCUAAGCACACCUGUAAGGACUUCCGGUGCACCGAGAAGGAAUUCUGCAUCGAGAUGGACCUCCUUUGCGACGGCGUAAAUCACUGCGGCGAUGGUUCCGACGAGGCCACCUCUAACCUCUGUGCCAACUCCGAGGCAUCAACGAUUCUAGGCAUGCAGGCAACCUGGUUCGCGAUCGCUCUUGUUUUUCUGAUACUGAGUAUAGCUGGCAUGGUGACGGUGACGGUGCUGUGCUUCUGCAGACAACGCGUCCCGACCCCCAGGCAUCCCCAUAACGCGCACAACGCCCAAACUCAUCCUCCAGUCAGCUUCCCAUGGAUUCCGGGCUCGUCGAGGCGGUACGUGCUGAUUCAACGCGAAGUUUCCCUCACGGUCCGUCGGCGCGCGGACCGCUCGGUAGUUUCGUCCCGGCAGUCAAGCGAAAUCGGCCCUAACGUCGGGAUCGCACGGUCUCCUAAGCUGUGGCCCGGUGAACCGGGCAAACCGACGAGAAUGGACACCAGGACUAUUCGCGAAGCGGCCCGUGCCAUUCUGCUGAUGAUACUCGUUGUCGCCCAACACACCUCGGCGGCCAUGCAAAAUCAGCCGCUCGUCAUCAGCAACUCGGUCGACCAAGGCACAGCAGCUAAAGACUACUUCAUUGGACCCUGUCUGGUGAACACCAACCAAACGUGUCCCGACAACGAGGUGACGUUCUUCCUCUACACCCAAAGGAACCCCCAUUCCGGGCAACAGAUUCUGGUGGAUGAAUACAGCUCGAAUCUACCGUCGACCAAUUUCAACCCAUCCAAACCUACCAAAAUCCUCAUACACGGCUAUGACUCCGAUAUGCAACUAUCCUACCUAGUGGACGUGCGGAUGGAGUACUUAAAAACUUACGAUUACAACUUGAUCUCGGUCGAUUGGCAUCGUCUAGCGUCUGCACCCUGCUACCCCAUCGUCGUGAGGAACGUGCCGCAUGUGGGCGAUUGUGUGGCCCAGUUGAUCGAGAGGAUAAAGGACGUCGGUGCAACGGACAUACACACGAUCGGCUUCAGCCUGGGCGCCCAUGUGCCUGCGUUCGCCGCGAACGCGCUGAGACCCUAUCGAAUCCCUAGGAUCACUGGUCUAGAUCCAGCCAUGCCGUUAUUCGUCACUGUGGACAAAGAUGCUAAACUGGACGCUAGCGACGCGGAAUUCGUAGACGUGUUCCACACAAACGCGUUCAUACAGGGGAAAAUCGAGAUGAGCGGUCAUGUGGACUUUUACAUGAACGGUGGCAUCAAUCAGCCAGGCUGCUGGGAGUCCGGCAAGCUAUUCCAGUGCGACCAUCAUAGGUCGGUGAUGUACUUCUCAGAGUCGAUCAACUCGAAAGUGGGUUUCUGGGGUUGGCAAUGUCCCGGGUUCACCUACUACCUGCUGGGCCUGUGCCCCCCAAGGUACCCGGCCAUUUUAGUCGGCGACAAAGUGGACCAUACAGCGAGGGGCUUCAUUCUGGUCAAAACGAACGCGGAGAGUCCGUACGCCAUGGGGAACUUCAGCGUAAACCGGUUGGACAUGUACACGUAAAGGCUGACGAGACGUCCUCUCUGCGUUAAUGUCGCGAGAUAAGGCUCGCUUGAUAACGGGGAAUAUACGACGCAGCAUGCGAACACGAUCGGCAUUGCUGAUAACGGGAAAAGGGGCACAAGCACGUAUACACAUAUACCUCUGCCCAAAACGAAACGACCCGUCUUGCGGAAUCUUCGGAGAAAGUUCGUGAUCCUGAGAGUUCUCCGGCUGAAAAACGUGAUUCGUGUCAAGGUCAGGAGGUUCUAGGCACCUACACGUCCGUCUAAUCGAUAGCGUAUCCCACCAGGAAGAAGGAACGAAGCUUAAUCUCUCGCCACUUCACACACCCGUUUGGAAAACGAUUUCUUAUCGACAUGUGUACGACACGAAGGGGAAGGAGUGAAUUAGUAUGUUUGUGAGAGACGCUUUAGUCUCGUUGAGGAACUUAACCUUCUACAAGGUCGGGAUUUUUGAAUGUUUGUAUAUGAAGAAAUCGUGUAGAGGGUUGAUAAGAUAUUCUAUUAGUAUGUUCAACAUGCAACACCUAGGAUUACAUUGAUCGAAAAUUAAUGGCUUUUUUAAGAGAAACAGUCUUCCUUUAAGAAAUAUAUUAUAUUAGUGUACUAUAUUCGAAAUGGCUUCAAAGUUUAUUAUAUUUGUAGCACUUGUGCUCUUUAGUUAUGUGUGAUUUACAAACUUUUUAUUUGAAAUCAUUAUUAGCCACAUAUGGACGUGUUGAUCUAGUUGAUUUAAUUACCAAUUGAUUUAGUCAAUUUAACUAAUCUGAUUCGUUAAAAUAUGGCUUUGUUGAAUUAAUUUAAUUUUAUUUUAAUAGAAGAAUUUCUGCAAUUCGUUUGCAUCGCUAGGAAAAAUUUUAUUGUCACGCGUGAAUUUAAUCAAAUUACAAUUCACCGUAUUGCAAACGAUUUAUUGUCUAUACAAAGUAUGUAUUUUACAAUACAUUUACAUAACUUCAUAUGCACUUUACAUAACCUUGUUACUCCAUUAUUUCAAGCUUACGAAAGCUUCAAGCGUGAAAUAGAUUUAAUAGAGUUAAGUAACCCAAAUAACUCUAAGCAAAAAAUGCAGUAAAAACCGAUACAAAUUUUGUAUCUCCCAAAGCAUACUUUAGCUGAGGUAAAUAUUCCAAGAUCUCAAAAUUUCAGUGUGUUUAAGGUUUAAAUUUUAAAUGAUAAAAAUAAAAGUAAUGGGCAAUUUAAACAAUGAUUAUUGCCAGUGAAGUGAAAUACAUUGCUUGUAAAAUGAAUUCUUGGCUCUUGAAAAGAAUGAUUAAAUAAUGUUUAUUAAAUUCAUUUCUGUGUAAAAUCUGUGUAAUAUCUCUUUAACCAAUCUUCCAUAAUAUAAUUCAAAUUUAUAUAAAUAUUAGUUAAAACAGAUUCAAUAGAAUAUUAGACAGUUUACAGUUAUAUAAUAAAAAUGUUUGGAAGAACAAAUUUUAAAAUAACUCAUUAUUACGAUAAUUGUUAAUUAUUUAUAACUAAUAUAAAUUAUAGAAAUCAUUUUUCAUGCCAGAAUUUGUUUGCAAGUAAGUCGUUUUAUGUACAAUUUCGUUCUUAAGAAUGUUGCUUACAACCAUAAGUAUUGUGUAUCUUUCUCUAUAUUUUCAUUAUAUUUAUUGUUUCUAUAUUUCAUUGAUCUAGAAUAGUAUAAAGUGCAAUAAUGAGUAAACUUCGUUUAAAAACUAAUAAAAAUGACUUCCAUUAGAGAAUUACCCAGGAGGUUUUGAAUUGUUUAGUUUGAUUUACUUCGUAUAAGUGAGACUAUUUUGUAUUAUUACAAAUAGCAACUUCUGAGGAGCAGUCAUCAUCCUUUUUAGUACCGGAAAGACCAUCGGUCUUUACCCGAUACUAUGAACUUAGUUUUAUUUAUUGCAAUAUAUUUUAUUUGUUACAAAAAUUGUGUAAAUAUAUUUAUUUCUAAACAAUGUGCUGAUAUAAUAGUUUCUAUUCUUGUAUUAUUCCUUUCCCACAUUUAAUUACUUACACUUAUUUAAAAAAUAUAAAUAGUUAUAACAACCAUUUUUUCGUACAUUGAAUCCGAAAUUUUAUUGCUUUUCGAGAUAUCUCGUAUAUAGCAAACCGAACUUUGCGGCCGAGUUACAGCAUAUUUCGUUUUAUUGUUUUUUAAUGCGCUCGUAUCGACGACUCACGAAAUUAAAACUAAAUUGAUUUUCUUGUUACAUUACCAAGGCAACAAAGUCUUGCAUAUUCUUAUCACAAAUGAUUAGUGAAAUAAAUGUAUGUCAAAAUUUCGAAAGAGUAGAUAAAAAUCGGUCAGUAUUGCCAUUACACCAGUAGGUCUAUGUCGAUCGUAUAUCAUACCUUAUAAAGUGUUUUAUUGUUGCACCACACUUUGUUAUUUGAAAAUCCGUGUUUUAAUUUGUGGGGAAAUAGUUUUUUAUUCAAAAAGUGCAUAUAUGCAUUGUACAAAAUUUGUUUGGAACGCUCAGAAAUGUGCGGGGAACUGGAAGUACGUUAAGCGAGCAGACUGCCGUAUGCAAUGUGUAUUAAAAAUGUUGUGGGUAUAGAACUUAUCUGUCUUACGUGUUUAUCUGAUAUGAUAUUUAAUAUCAAUAUCCUAAUCAAAUGAUCGAUUGUAUCAUUAUACAUACAAUACAUAUAUGGUGUUAUUGAAGAUAAUCUUAUCUGACACAAAGCUACACAUUUUCUAAUUGGAUUUUUUGGUUUAAUCAGUUGUAAUAUAAUUAAAUACGCAAACAUACUUUCUGAAUUUUUAAAGUAUUAGGCAGUAUUAUAUCAGAAUUGUUAAUAGAAGAAUUUAAAUUGAUUUUAAUUACUUAAUAUACAAUUUUCUAAUUUCUCUUCGAAAAUAUAUUAGUUGACUACAUUAGUUGUUUAAGAAAUAGAUUUGAAAAAGCAAAUAGUGUUUAAAAAUCACUUAACAUAUCCAUGAUG